GACACACAUUCCACUUUAUAACGUGCUCCGUCUCCCUCCGUCUCCAUUUCUCUUUCUGUCAUUCUGCUUUCUCUCUUCAUUUCUCUCUCUUCUCAUUUUCUAUCACCGUCCAAGAUCUAGGGUUUUCUGGCUCUCCUCAUUCUCCUUGAGAGAUUCACCAGAGGAAGAUAGACCAGUUGAAUGAAGAAGGAUCAGGAUCGAGACAGGGACUGGGAUCGAAAUCGAUCGAGUCGCAGCAAGAGGAGGAGAGAAGAUAGGUUGAUUCACGGGAGUAAUAGAGAAGAUGAUGGUGAGGACAGUUCAGAGGAGAGCGUGAAUGAUGAGGAGGACGAUGACGAUUACGAUGGACUCGCCACCGCAUUGCCGACCUAGGGUUUGAUUGGAGCUCUAGGGUUUUAGAGCCCCUCGAGACUCAUCAUGGCUACUCCAUUUCACCUGCCCGUCACUGCUGCUCAGGUUGGGACGUACUUUGUUGGGCAGUAUUUCCAGGUACUUCAGCAGCAACUAGAUUUUGUUCACCAGUUUUACAGUGAGGCCAGCACUGUGCUUCGUAUUGAUGGGAACUCAAGAGAGACAGCCACGGCAACGUUGCAGGGAAUGGGCAUUCUGCUCUGUAUGAAAUGCAUUCUGCUCUAUGAAAUGCUAUAUGGAUACACACCAUUUAGGGGAAAGACAAGGCAAGAGACAUUUGCCAACAUUCUUCAUAAGGAUCUUAAAUUCCCAGGCGCUAUAUCGGUGAAUCUCUCAGCAAAGCAGUUAAUGUACCGGUUGUUGCACAGAGAUCCCAAAAACAGAUUGGGUUCGCGCGAAGGAGAUAAUGAAAUUAAGCGACAUCCUUUCUUCAAGGGUGUCAACUGGCCUUUAGUUCGUUGCAUGAAAAAACACAAAAAACUUAUUUGGCAAACUAAAGGCCAGUUGAAUAAGAUCUUCCCCAGGGUAAUCUUAAAGGGAAAUUCAGCAUCUCUGUUGAGAUAAAGGUGUGUUUCCUCAAUGAACAUCUUGGUUUUUCUGCUCUUUGGUUUUCGCCAUAACAAUCUAAUAUGCUACUUGUUUUCUUUUGCCUUCACUUUCUUCUUGUUUCUAAAAUACAGCCCAAAUGUGGAUUUCUUCCAGAUUCAAGAUUCAUAUCUGAAGAAAAUGCC